CUUCUUAUCAUUCCGUAAUCAAAGUAAAACGUAAUCUAAAAUAAUCUGUCAAAAAAACCAAAAGGAAGUGUUUCGUUCAGUUUUCAGUAAAGUUUCGAUUAAAUUUCUCUUGUUCACUUAUGUUACGAUAAUAUAAAUACUUAAUUUUCUAGUUAAAAUGUUGGUUCUAGUAAUUGGCGAUCUCCACAUUCCACAUCGUUCAAGUGGAUUACCCUCGCAGUUUAAGAAACUGCUCAGUCCUAGCAAAGUACAACACAUCUUGUGUACCGGAAACCUAUGCACGAAAGAUUCGUAUGAUUUCUUGAAAACUAUCUCAAAUGAUGUUCAUGUUGUUAAAGGAGAUUUCGACGAAAAUAUCAAUUAUCCGGAGCAAAAGGUAGUCACUGUUGGAGAACUGAGAAUCGGUCUGUGUCACGGUCAUCAAGUUGUGCCGUGGGGUGAUCCAGAUGCUUUGGCUUUAAUUCAAAGACAACUAGAUGUUGAUAUAUUGAUCUCCGGGCAUACUCAUCGUUUCGAUGCUUACGAAUUGGAUAAUAAAUUUUACCUAAAUCCUGGCUCAGCUACUGGUGCUUAUAAUCCGUUAGAUUUAUCGGUGAUCCCCUCUUUCGUAAUGAUGGAUAUCCAAAAUACCACUGUUGUAUCGUAUGCUUAUCAAUUAUAUGGCGAAGAAGUUAAAAUCGAGAAAGUCGAGUACAGGAAGUCGUGAUAAUUUCAACUGUAGAUUUUAGAUCUCGGUUACAGAGUAUAAUUACCUGAAAUGAAGAUGGCAUUAUCGGAAUAACGAAUACGCCCAAGUUUUUAUUUAUUUUUCUACGUACAUAUUGUAUAUGGUGAUAUGAAAAUCACAAAAUGCUAAAUAUUAAUCGUAACAUAAUGGCGUUAAAAGUAAACAUAUUAUAUAUUUAUCACAUUUGAAUAUGUAAUUACCCUACAUUGUGAAUACGGUCUUAAAAACGAAAAAUAAGUGUAAAAAAGUACAUUUCGAGGAGUUUUCGCGCUGUUAAGGAAGACGAAUAAGUUAUAUGCAAUGUUUUUUUUUCUUCUUUUGUUUAUCGUGUGAAUUUUUUAUAAUGUUUCUCUGUAUUUAUUUAUUUAUACCAAUAUACCUAUUUAUUUUCUAAAUUGAAAAAAAAAAAAUGAUCCUCAAUUUUAAUCGCAAUAAAAAUACGUUGUUAGAGUU